GUUGCGUAUACGCCGCGAUGUACAGAGCCGCGACACGCGACACGCAAGGCAUCGCAGCAGCAGCAGCAGCAGCAGCAGCAGCAGUUAGAGCAGCAGCAGCAGCAGCAGCAGUAGUAGUAGUAGGAGCAGUAGAUUCAACCACUGGACCGAACAACCGUUGAGCCGCUCAUUGAGCCGCAGUGCCUACUUAGCCGUGCCGUCGUACCCGUCUACGUCUCCGUAUUCGCAUUCACACCCGUAAUUCGCAUCUGCAUCCGCAGCAGCCUCCGUCGCGCUUAUCCGCAGCAACAGACGCGAAACUCCGACUCCGCGGGGCAGGAAGAGAAAGCUUACUUUCUAUAUCAUUCAUUGUUUUAUUUUUUUAUUUUUUUUUCUCCAUUUUUUUCUGGUGUUUCUUCUUCGCGUCCCACUCCCCGGAAGAAUGAAAGAAUGAAGGGGGAAACAUCAAAGUUGUUCCUGAUUUUAUUUUAGAGUUUUUCCGCACAAACCCAAAACUCAAUCGUUCCGCUGUGUGUGUCGCGCUCCCGUAACCGAUCCAUGAGCCAGAGGACAAGAAAAGAUAAGAGCAGAGGAGAGGAGAGGAGAGGAGCAUAGGAGAGGAGACAAAAGCGUUGGAAGAAGAGCGCUCCAUAGAAGCCCAUCUCUUCGUAUUUCCACUCGCCAGCCGCCGUUCCACAGGCCGGCCCUGAGGCAGAGACAGAGGCGCGCGCUAAAUGAGCUGGAAAUGUCCAAGUGGCCGUCGCGGCAACAGCAACGGCGGUGGUGGUGCUGUUGCUGCUGCUGGUGGUGGUGGUGGAGCUCAAGGGAACAACAUCGUCCAUCCAGCAAAUAAGCCAAAUUAACGAGACAGAGAGGCACAGGGAGGGAGGAGUAAGCAAGAGCCAGGACUGGGAGGAACAAUGCCAAAAAGAGAACUAUUCAAAGCGAAAGUAAUCGGCACAUAAACGAAUAAUCACAGCUAGUCGUGCGUCUCCGUAUCCGUAUCGUCAUCGUCGUCGUCGUGUGUGUGUCGUGUGCGUGCGCACUCGUGUGUGUGCGUGAGUGAGCAGAUACAUAUAUGGAUAUAUACGUGUAUGCAUAUCGGGGUUGCAUUCACAAUAUACGCGUAUAUCCUACAACUAUGUUUUGUUGUUGUUGUUUUUUUUAAGAUCUUCCCCCACGCUCGAAAGUUCUGAUCGAAACAAACUGAAGAAUACAGAAUACAGUGAGUGAAUGAAUGAAUGAAUGAAUGCAAUGAAUGAAGCCAACAAUCGGAUAAAUGAGUGCAAAGAAUCGAAUUAUCGAUUCAUAUAUCGAGAGAGCAGUGGCAGCUCAAGAACCAUUACGAGUAUGUCUGGUCUACUACACUGUGCAUCAUCGUCGUCUGUGCAUCACCUGUGCUACUAUCCGUUCGGUCUUCUGUUCGUUCGCUAUGCUAAUUCAGCGCCUAUCAGCGCCAACUAUGGACAUUGAUAGUUCUUACUAGUUUAUCAAUCUACCAAUCUAUGGUUCAACUAAUGAAAUACAAAUACAAUACAUAAUCAAGUACGAAAACUCAGCUCACAGUCAGGGUCCGAGUCAGAGUCACACGGAAUGCAAUAAGCUGCCUGUGCACGCAAAUUCUCAUAUCAUCGUUUAACCGCCUCUCCUAUCCUAUGAUGUAUCAACUACAAGGCUCCAGGGCUACAACUGCAAAACUAUAGCCGUCAACCGAAAAGCAAUCUUAAUAAAACCUAUAGCUCGUCAAGGUUGCCGUUCAACAAAAACAAAACAUACGUAUGACCACGAAUAGUAAAUAGUAGAUCCUGCAAAAAUUUUGAAUACCCGGUACACGAAAGUGGAGUGGCCAUCGUCGUGGACAUGUCCUUUCUGUAUAAAGAUCUAGAAAUUGGAUGCACCCCCGCCCCCCCACUCAAUCGACUCAUUGAUCUAUGCUGUAGAAGUAAUCGUAAUCUAACGGCAACUGCCAACACUGACCAUUAACCAACACUAGUGGGGCAGCAGCACUGCCCAGCACUGCAAAGACCUUCAGAGCGAGAUAGAGAGAGUAACGUACCGGGUAUGAAAUAGUCGAUGCACUCGACUAUCGGUACAAUCCUUUCGACAGAACAUUUGGCCAAGGAAAAAUGUAGCUAGACGACAAAUUAUACAAGCAAAGGCGAAAAACGAGAGCCACAGGAGAAGGAGAGGGAGAACUUUUGCAUACAAAAUCGAAACCAAGACGAAACAAUAAUUAGAUUUAAAAUUGACAAAAAAAUUAGCUGAAAACAAGCAAACAAAAAACAAAAGAAAAGAAAAACCCCCAGAGGAGAGGAUGAAAACGCCCAUUGUGAUUCUUAAUUUUAGACAUUAGGCCAAGAGAAGCAAAAACUCAACAAAAUACAAAAUUUAAAAAGGGAAACUAUAGAGAAAGAGAAAGCAUAAUCCUUCGAAUGAUAUCAAGCAAGGAAAAGGCAUGAUAGAGCCAUAUAGCGCAGGAACCGCGCAGGAUCAGGCAGUAUCAGGCAGUAUCAAGGGAGAGAAGCAAUAGAGAGGGCUACGACUAAUCGCAGCAGCCCAAAAAGAGAUAGGAAAACGACCAAAGGCUGCUGCUGCCCAAGGAGCAAGAAGGAGCAUGCAAUAGCAACGCCAGCCGCCCAAAAGGACAACAACAAUUCAAAGUUCAAUUCCAUCCAAAUCGAACGGCAGGAUACGGUUGCCAAGGGUUAUUCAAUGCGGAAAGGCAUCCUAGUCGGCCUCUGAAUAACAUUUCCUCUUCUCAAGCAACAGGAAAAGGAACAGAGACUGGAACUGGAACUGGAGCUGGAAACAGGAUAUUGGAACUGCCAGGUUUCUUUUUCGUUCGGAAAAGUCCUCGACCCCGAUCCCGAUCCCGAACCCAACAUCGAUUCCGACAACAACAGCAGCAACAGACCAAUCGCGAGUGAUUCCCUUCAAAUUUUGGUGGUGUUAUUUUAUUAUUAUUUUGUUUUCGCUUCGAUCAUUUUGAUCGGAGGCUAAAGCUGCUGUCAAAGCUGCUACUACUGCCACAGUCAGAGUGCAAAGAGAGCCGCCAAGAUGACUAUGUGGCAGAGUGGCGGCAUGGGAGGCCAUGGCUCCCAGAACAAUCCCUGGAUGAAGCUGAUGGGCAUCGUGCACAAGGAGCGACGCCACACGGAAAACGUCCAGAGUCAGUCCGGCUCCAACGAGCGCAACCUUAAUCAGUCUUUGCCCAAAUUGAGCAGUCAAGACGAAGAAGGGGGGGCUGGUCAUGGCUUUGGUGGCGGACCGCAACACUUUGAACCCAUUCCUCACGAUCAUGAUUUCUGCGAGAGAGUCGUUAUAAAUGUAAGCGGGCUGAGGUUUGAGACACAACUACGUACGCUUAACCAAUUCCCGGACACGCUGCUCGGGGAUCCGGCUCGGAGAUUACGAUACUUUGACCCGCUUAGAAAUGAAUAUUUUUUUGACCGUAGUCGACCGAGCUUCGAUGCGAUUUUAUACUAUUAUCAGAGUGGUGGCCGACUACGGAGACCGGUCAAUGUCCCUUUAGACGUAUUUAGUGAAGAAAUAAAAUUUUAUGAAUUAGGUGAUCAAGCAAUUAAUAAAUUCAGAGAGGAUGAAGGCUUUAUUAAAGAGGAAGAAAGACCAUUACCGGAUAAUGAGAAACAAAGAAAAGUCUGGCUGCUCUUCGAGUAUCCAGAGAGUUCACAAGCCGCCAGAGUUGUAGCCAUAAUUAGUGUAUUUGUUAUAUUGCUAUCAAUUGUUAUAUUUUGUCUAGAAACAUUACCCGAAUUUAAGCAUUACAAGGUGUUCAAUACAACAACAAAUGGCACAAAAAUCGAGGAAGACGAGGUGCCUGACAUCACAGAUCCUUUCUUCCUUAUAGAAACGUUAUGUAUUAUUUGGUUUACAUUUGAACUAACUGUCAGGUUCCUCGCAUGUCCGAACAAAUUAAAUUUCUGCAGGGAUGUCAUGAAUGUUAUCGACAUAAUCGCCAUCAUUCCGUACUUUAUAACACUAGCGACUGUCGUUGCCGAAGAGGAGGAUACGUUAAAUCUUCCAAAAGCGCCAGUCAGUCCACAGGACAAGUCAUCGAAUCAGGCUAUGUCCUUGGCAAUAUUACGAGUGAUACGAUUAGUUCGAGUAUUUCGAAUAUUUAAGUUAUCUAGGCAUUCGAAGGGUUUACAAAUAUUAGGACGAACUCUGAAAGCCUCAAUGCGGGAAUUAGGUUUACUUAUAUUUUUCUUAUUUAUAGGCGUCGUACUCUUCUCAUCGGCGGUUUAUUUUGCGGAAGCUGGAAGCGAAAAUUCCUUCUUCAAGUCCAUACCCGAUGCAUUUUGGUGGGCGGUCGUCACCAUGACCACCGUUGGAUAUGGUGACAUGACACCCGUCGGCGUUUGGGGCAAGAUUGUGGGAUCACUGUGUGCCAUUGCUGGUGUGCUGACAAUCGCACUGCCGGUGCCGGUUAUCGUCAGUAAUUUCAAUUACUUCUAUCACCGCGAAACGGACCAGGAGGAGAUGCAGAGCCAGAACUUUAAUCAUGUCACUAGUUGUCCAUAUUUGCCAGGUACACUAGUAGGUCAACACAUGAAGAAAUCGUCGUUGUCCGAGUCCUCAUCGGAUAUGAUGGAUUUGGAUGAUGGUGUCGAGUCGACGCCGGGAUUAACUGACACACAUCCUGGACGUAGUGCAGCUCAGUUUAUGGGUGACCAGCAGCAGCAGCAACAGCAGCAGCCAGCAUCAUCGACUUCGAUGUCGAUGUCGCUCGAUAAGCAGCUCCAGCAUCCCCUGCAGCAGCACCCACUGCAGCACCCACUACAGCAGCAGCCGUACCAGCCGCAGCCGCAGCAGCAGCAGCAGCAUCAGCAUCAGCAGAACGGCUUCAAGCAGCAGUGCACAAUAAGCACGAGCGCGGCGGCAACAACGAGUAGCGCCAGCGCCAGCGGCAGUGGCAGCGGCGCCACCACCCUCACCAUGAGGCACAAUAAUGCCCUGGCCGUUAGUAUCGAGACCGAUGUUUGACUACUGGGUAAGUGUUGGUUAACUCGCUUUCGCACACUCCUCUCACUCUCUAUCUGUCUCCCUCCCUCGCUCGCUCGAUCGCUGCCCCUCUCUCUCUCUCACACUCAUCCCAGCUCCAUUCCCCUGUUCCCGGCCCCAUCACUAUCUCCCACCUUCCAUCUCCCUCACUGCCUCUCUCUCUUACUCUCCAGAGAGAGAGACUAAGAAGAGCCCCCAACUAAAUCACUUCCACUUCACCUUCCUUGUGCACCUCUAAACAGUAGAACCUAACUAAGAUAAAGUGUUGCAAAACGCCAAAAACAAAUUCCAAAAAGGAUUGUGCGCACUGCCACAGAUGCCAGAGACAAGAGACUAGAUACUGGCGAUUCCCCACAGUGGCAGUGCGGACAACCAAUCAAUUGAAUUGAACUGAAUUGAAUUCCGAUUUGAUUAGAACAUAACUUUUUCUCUCUUUUCUCUCCACGUGGCGCGCCCUCCCACCUACGCGAUACAUACUCGUAUGUCUAUAUUUUUACCUAUUUAAAUCUAUCAAUACCUUUGACUAUGUAUGUAUGCCUCGUAUGAUCUGUGUGUAUUUUUUACGUAUGGGAACCCAAAAUUGUAUAUUGUAUACAUAUGUACCUAUGUCUGAUCUGAUCUUAUCUGAUUUGAUCUGAUCAGUGCGAAAGACGAUUAGUGGUAUAAAAUUGGCCUUGACAAGAGUUACGUUGGAUGCCAGAAACGACUACAAAGAAAGCUGUUUGUAUUUAAUUUAAGUAGAACAAAUAACAAAACAAAUUUAAUCUAUGGCUAAAUUAAUCUAAAUCCUAAUUUACAUUUAAAUUACAUUUAAUUAAAUUCUAAACUUAAACUUAAACGUGAACAACACAAAAGCAAGAGCAUACCCCAAACCAAACAAACCCAAAAAAAGGAAAUCAAGUAAAAAUCAUCUCGAUCAAGGAGAGUGAAACAGUCGAGGGACCCUAUAUGUACAUAUUAUGGCAUACUUACGUACAUAUAACCCAGGCAUUGUCUAACUAAAACUAUAAAAACCACAAAGAUAAAAGUAAAAGAGAGCAUAAACAUCGAACGAGCUGGCGGCAGCAGAUGAGAAGGCCAACAUAAACUAAAUCAAAGAUUUUUCAUCUAAUUCAUUGAAUAACAGAACUAGCCCUGCAUAAUCCGACCUCAGAACUGUAAAUAAGUCAAUAAAUCAUUACAAAUAUUAACACACAAACUAAAAACUAAAAACCUAAAAGCUGAUCAAAGAAGAGCACAGAACAGAUCGAAGCGCAGCACGGAAAAAGCAGAACUACUGCUUUUCGGGGAACACUUGAAGACAAGCAGUCCGUAUAGUAUAGGGGGAAGCAGCUAAAAUAGAAUGAAAGCAGUACAGUGUACAGCUAGAAGCAACAAAUUCAAGCCAACACAGUCUGUCCAAACCGAAAGCAGUUCGCAGUUCCGAUAGAAGGAAAGCAGUCCAGCUAGAAUGCAAGCAGUCUCUCCAAGCCGGAAGUGACAGGCAUACAAAUCACACAAACACAGUCCACUUGCAUACACGCCCACACACACACCAACACUGAACUAAAAGUAUAGAAAAACUGCCGUAAUAUUUAACAAACCCAAUGUGUAUAGUGAUUAAUCAAAACAAAAGGGAGAAGCAUACCAAAUGCAAACGAGAUUCGAUGCAAUAUCUGCUUUUAAAUGUGACAGGAAAUAUAUAGCCUACAAAUAGAUAACUAACCAACUAACUGAAGUAACUAAUCGAUAAGCCUAACCACAGCAUAUACGUGCAUUUAUAUAUGUGUAUGUGUACCACUAAGACAACAAACACUAAAGACCCUCGGUCCUAGUUGGGAUCAUCAAUCCAUCGAUUUAGUUGCGAGGAUUUUGUUUUUUGACUAAAGCUUCAGGGAAAUCUCUAGCCCUCCAAUGGCCACCCACACCCACCCAUUCGCCCACUAACCAAACCAAACCUAAACUAAACUAACCUACUGAACCCAUAUCAGCUGACGAACAGAACCUGCGAUUCUUCUGCUUCGAUCCCCCCGAAUUAAAUCGAAAUAAAAAGUACAAAUAUUCAACUAAACCAAAAACAAAUGAAAUUAUCAUAAAUAAUACAAUAUGAUUGCUGCAGAGCAAGAGCAAUUUUUGUUGUUGUUGUUUGGUGGACGGAAAAACGACUGUAAUUAAACUACAAAAACAAAACAAAAACAGCAUUAAUAACUAAGCAUUAAUCCAAAUCCACAUCCAACGGAUAUCCAAGUCACAGAUCAGCUCAACCGCAAUAACAAACAAAACAUAAUGAGAGUAAUGGAAAACAAAACAGAAAACGCUCUUAUGAUUUUAUAAUAAAACCAUAUUAUAUAUUUAGAGGCCCAAAUGACCGACCAUGUUCAGAUGAAAAGAGAUAUAAAUUUAGAAAACAAAACCAAAAAAAGCCACAAAAAAAACAAAAAAAAAAGGAGAGAAAAAUGUUAACUAAUUAAAGAUGAGCUACUCCCGAGAACCUGCCUGGGACAAGCUCCAUCAACUUCUUCAACUGGAUUGCAUAGGCUGCAAGGACCUCCCACACCUUACACACCAACGUUCCCACAACACACACCUACACCUUACACACACACAUACAUACACAAACAUACACAUAGACAGAAAAAACGAGAAUAAAAAAAUAUAUAGAGAAUUAAAAUCGUUGACUGAAACUACGCAAAUUCCAAUUUUGCAUAAAAUGUAUAAAUAAUGAAAAAAUGAAAAAAAGAAAAAAAUUUAUAUAUACAUAUAUAUGAGUGUGUGUUAGUAGAUACAUAUACAUACAUAUAUAAAAACUGUAUAUAAAAAGGAACCAGCCGUUGUAUAUGAAGAAAAAAAAAAAAAAGAAGAAAACCCAAACAAAAAAAAACGAGUAAAUUUUAAAAGCUUCGAAAACCGUCCACGCACACAUACAACAAUUACAUUUACAUACACACAAAGAUCAGAAAGGGGGGAAUGGAUAUUAGCGGGGAGAGGGUUGAGGGAAAUGCAACUAAAGGAACACUAGCUCUGUAGCUAAUCCCACACCCCCUCCGUCGAUCCCACUGCCAGCCACUGCCCUCUCCAUCUCCCAUCUCCCAUCCGAUUCCAUCCGAUCCCAUCCCUUCGCCAAUCCAACCCUGGAUCCCCGAUCCCCAGUUAAUUGCAAUACAGAAGAAGAGGCUAACCGAACAAUAACACUUUUCCAAGCGCCGCAGAGGGCCCCGGCCAAGCGAGCAGGGGCGAUCGAACUCUGUGUACAAAUGAAAGGCCAUCACUCGGCUGCAAGCAAAGCUUCAGUCCGAGUCCGAGUCCGAGUCCGUGUUCGAGUUCGAGUUCAAGUCCGUGGUCUACCCUACCCGUGGUUCCCCUUAGUAGUAGGGUCUGCCUAUAACUGCUGUAAAUACUCUCCAAGCAAAGCGGAAGAAAGGAACAUAAAUCAUCAAUGAACGAUCCUGCAAAUGCUUUUUUGUACAAAACAAAAUCUUAACAACUACUCUAUAAUUAUAAACGAUAAAUAAGUAAUAAUAAAACAAAGAAAAACAAUGAGAAAAAAGCUAAGAAAACGAAACUAUGAAUCCGAAAGCAACACACAUGCAAAUGUCAUUUAGUUGUUCUGUACUUAGCCAUACCAGAGUCCUUGUAUCUGUAGGAAAUAGGAAGGCAUGUUGAGGAAUGAGAAUAAGAGAAACGCAAACACCAAAAGGAGAAUAAGGAGGAGAGUAGAGGGUGAAGGGGAGAAGAUGGGAGCAACAGGGGAAAUAUGGAUAAAACGAAACAGAUCCGCUUAACUAAGUUUAGACUAUGAUUUAGGGGGGGCAGAGGAGAGAAUUUUAGCGUAAUAGAUACAAGAUACCAGAUACAAAAUACAAAAUACCACAUAGCAGAUACAAAGGGCCGAAUGUAAAGUAAGGUUGUUUUUUUUCCUAGCCUUAAUCUAGACAAUUGAAUAAAUUUAGCGAACGUAUGAUAAUUGUAAAUGAGCCCAAGGAUUUCCAAUGUACAGCAGGACAUAGAAUUCGCGUUUAGUUUUAUUCUUAUGAUUAUGAUUCUGAUUAUACGUUCAUACUCGUAAUGUUCUUUUCCUACAUCUUAAGACUUUGAUUUAAUCACAAAACUGAGCCACUAAAAUUACCUUAAACACACACAAAACAAGCAAAAAAGUAAAAAACAAAACAAAACAAAAAAAAAAUACAUAAAUAAAGCAAAGAAAACAGAAAAACAAAUUGUGUUAAUAUUUACCUAUGAACGCUUAAAACAAACCCAACAACAAAGCAAAGAAAAAACCAAACAAAAACAAAAACAAAAACAAACAAACAAAAUUUUGGAAUAAAUGUGUUCAACAAAAGAAAUGUUAUUAUAUGUUUAAAUAAAUUACAAUUAAAAUUAAUUCGAGAUGGACAAACAUUUAAUGUAAUUAAAUUGAGUACACGAGAAAGAUUCUAAACAAUUUCAAAUUGUAUAUAUAGAAGCAUACACAUAGCACAUAGCCUAACACAUAGAUACAUACAUACACUCGUGUGCUGCAAUCGAGUCACGAGAUAGCUUACACCACAAGAACCCUAGAAUACACUCGUACCCAAGAAAUUCCAGACACGUUUGUAUAUGAUGCAGCAUACUCAAGGCGAGGAGCACCCCAAAGAAACCCCAAAAACAGGCAACACAAAAAGCAAUCUGAUCCGAGCCGAUUCCAUCCGAGCUGAUCUGAUCCGAACCCUUCUGAUCAUCGUCCCUACCAAAGAACUAAAGAAGCGAAACCGAUAUUAAAGCAAGAGAUUCACUAGAGUUCUUGAUGUAAAUACGUGUAAUCCUAGCUAUCAUGAGUACUGUACAAUACAUUUCGUUUGCCAGCAUUCCGUACCCGUAUCCGUACCCAUAUCCGUACCUGUACCCGUACCCGUACCCGUACCCGUACCCGUACCAUAUCAUUCUAUUCAUUUUUCAAUUAUAUUUUGGAGUAGUUUUGUAGCUAGCCCAACCAAAGUGGAAUCAGAAAUCGUAACUGUAACUUUUUCAAUCUUGAUUAGCUUGAAAGAAAUGGCUGUAAUGUAUUCUUAGUUCUGUAAUUCAGUAACUGUAUGGCCAGAAGUACUCAACUUUAGUCUCGUCUUUGGCAUAUCACCCACCACAGCAGGCAGCAGCAGCAGCACCAGCAGUUGAGGUACUCAAUCAAUCAGUAUAUCAACAAAUAAUCGAUCAAUUCUAAUUAGAAACAGUCACAGACACAGGCACACACACACACACACACACACACACACACACACAGACAGACACAGACACGUACUCGUACAUUUAUUUAGAGCUGAAGGCGCAUCUCAUUCGUUUUUCGUAUUAGUUUCGUAUGCUUGAACUAUGUUCUACUCUUCACUCAACUGAACUCAACUCAACGCUAUCGAUCUUUACUGUACUCAACGCAACUCUAACCUUUCCUACGCUAACCUAAACCAAGCAAACAAGCGUAAAGAUACCACUAAAGAUACUCGAAUAAACGAAGAACUCUCCAGGAGAAGAAGCAGACAUAUCGUUGUAAAGCAAAAACUAAAUUAUAAUCGUAAUAAACAAGCUCAGACACAUGAGAAUAACUCGAAGAAUGAAUCGAAUAAUUAACACGCAAUUGUUUUCAAGCGAAACAAAAAUAAGCAAAAAAGCAACAAAGCAAACAACAAAAACUUCUCCUAAAUUUAAACCAGAAACAAUCCUUUCAAGUUUUCCAUUAAAUUUAAUUGCUAAAACUAAACGACAAACUCUUAACACGUAUACUUAAAACGAAAAAACGAACCUUAAAAGUACGAAAGAAACAAAAACAAAACAAAACAAAGCAAAAAGAAAUAAAAAACGAAAGAAAAAACAAUACCUAUAUACCAUAUGCUAUAUGCUAUACAUGUACGAGUAAAUCAAAACAUAAAACCAAAACAAAAUCUAUAAACUAAUGAAAAACUGAAAAACUAUCUGUCAAACUCUUCUCAAUGCUUCAAGAACAUACAAAAACCAACACAAAAUUUCUAUUAAGGACAAAGACUGCAAAUAGAGAUUAAACAAAAAUUGAAUAAAAAAAAAGAAAAGAAAAAAAAUAUAUACAUAAUUAUAUAUAUAUAUAAAAAAUAUAUUGAAAUAUUUGUAACACUUCUUUGUUGAUUGAUUUCCAAUUCUGAUUUGGCCUUGAUUCAAACAACCAAGAAAUAUGUUUAAGUUUAGUUAGAAGUUCCCAAACCCAAGCCCACACCCACAGCCGGACCGAACCGUACAGAAUUUGGAGAUCAGAACCCCAGACCGGACCCAGACAUACAUACACCCACACAUACAUGCACACACACGUACAUAUAAGCCCAUAGACCAACCAGGAACCCAACGAACAGAGCAUCGGCGAUAGCAUGAAUAACACAUGAACGAUAACGAUAAUUGAGAAACAAUAACAAACAAACAAGCAGAGAACCAACAGAAAAACCAGAACAAUACGAAUCAAAGCAAAAUAAAAGAUACCAGAUAACACGAGUAAUCCACAUAUAGCAAAAUAACUUAGUAUUACGCCCAAUGAGAUAUGACAAAAACCAAAAAAUAAAACCCACUCACAAAAUAAAACAAAAGCAAAACCAAAGAAAAAAAAACAAAAAAACCACAAAAAAAGGAAAUGUUGUUAAGAUUAAAAUGAAAUGUUUUAUAAUCGUUAUUCAAUAAAAAUAAAAAAAA